AUGGCUACCGUCAUUGCUCGCACCUCAGCCAAGGGGGGUGGCAGCAUCUCACACUCCGCAAUCCAAUCCGGUUCUGAUAUCGCUGAGUUGGGCAAUCCUGUAGAGGAGCGCCGGUUCUGGUUCCAGAAGGGUGCUAAAUACGAUCCCAAUGCGAUUGCGACACAGCCAUCUGUUUUCGAUGACCCCGAAUUGGCCAAGCAGUAUAAGCCGCGAGCCGACUGGGAAAACCUACAUCGUUUCGAUCCCUCAGCGAGAUGGACAUGGGGUGAAGAGAAUGCAUGUUUGGCCUGUGAGGAACUAAAAAUUGUACGCAAAAUUGAUGUACGGAUCAUGAUAUGGGCUUGCAUAAUGUUUAUGGCCCUGGAGCUUGAUCGCUCGAAUAUACAGCAAGCCAAUACGGACAAUUUCCUCGAAGACCUCGGUUUAACAACGAAUGAUUAUAACCUAGGAAAUACAGUUUUCAAAUUAGCCUUUCUGUGCGCUGAGCUACCUUCUCAACUCGUCAGUAAAUGGGUCGGUCCAGAUAGAUGGAUUCCAUCGCAGAUGAUCUUAUGGUCUGUUGUCGCUUCAAGUCAAUACAAACUCUCCGGAAAGACUUCCUUUCUCGUGUGUAGGGCAUUGCUGGGUAUACUUCAAGGUGGUUUCAUCCCGGAUAUGAUCCUAUACCUUUCCUAUUUCUAUAAGCACCAUGAACUUUCUAUACGGCUUGGCUUUUGGUGGACAGCCAUGUCUGUCGCGGACAUCAUAGCUGGUUUCUUGGCAUUUGGGAUACUACACUUACGCGGCCACGAUGGUGUUGCCGGAUGGCGCUGGCUUUUCUUGCUUGAGGGUCUUUUCACAAUUGUGAUUGGAUUCGCAGCGUUUAUCUUCAUGCCGCCCUCGCCUACGCAAACUGCGGGCUGGUUGCGAGGGAAGAAAGGUUGGUUUACUGAGAGGGAAGAGAUUAUCAUGGUGAACCGCGUCAUUCGAGAAGACCCCAGCAAAGGUGGCAUGCAUAACCGCCAGCCAAUCACCCCGAAACUUCUGUGGCAAAGUAUUACGGACUUUGAUCUAUGGCCGCUGUAUAUCAUUGGGCUAACUUUCCAGACGCCAAUGACAACUGUAAACCAAUACUUCACUCUCAUUUUAAAAAGUUUCGGAUUUGGCACCUUCAAAACCAACCUGCUUACCAUUCCAUAUAACGUAAUCUCAAUCAUCACUAUGUUAAGCUUAACAUACUUCGCUGAAGUUGUCAAGUCGCUUACCUGGGUUUCGCUUUUCCCGCAAAUCUGGGUUUUGCCACUCUUCAUCUAUAUCAAUGUAGUUGAUCUCACGCAGAUCAACAAGUGGACAGCAUGGGCGGUGCUGACCAUAAUCCUUGGAUACCCUAGCUCGCACCCUAUCCAAGUUGGCUGGAACUCACGAAAUUCGAAUACCGUCCGUUCGAGAACGACGUCCGCUGCUCUUUACAACAUGGCUGUGCAGACUUCAGGAAUCAUUGCUUCCAAUAUCUAUCAAAAAUGGGACGCCCCACGGUAUAGGGUUGGCAACCGAACGCUGCUAGCUUUGGUCUGUAUGAACAUCGUCAUCUAUAUCUUGACCAAAGUAUAUUAUGUCGUGCGGAACUAUUACCGAGCAAAACGAUGGAAUGCGCUCACGGAGGGUGAGAAGAUCGAAUAUGUCUCAAAUACAAAGGACAAGGGAAAUAAACGGCUGGACUUUAUGUUCGCUCACUAA